AUUGGUUUCAGUGGCAUCUUGUUGAGCUUUGUUCGCUUUUAGCUUCAUGCAUGUUCAUACGAGUUCAAAACGAGAAAGACUUUCGGAUCGUAGCGGAAAUGCUGUUUUUUGUGCGUUAUGUGAGGAGAUCUUUAUUUUGCAUCCAUCACCCUGUGCGGGAGCAGCUGAGGUUGAAAUUUAAUAGGGUUCAUCUGCCCUUACGCCAAUACCUCUUGUGUGUAAAAGGGGGUGGUUCACCCUUCCGCUUCAUUUAUUUGCUUGCGUGUGUAUAUGUAUUAACGAUUAAAGUUAUUGCCAGCAUUUGGCGCGAAUGAAGAGUAUAUUGUCAUGUAAUGUACAUUACAACAAUCCAAGCGUUUCAUCUUUUUUUUGGUUAAUCUUUUCUUCUUCCAUUACGAUCUCACCAACUAUCGCACAGGGCAGCAAAAUUGCAUUGGGCAGCGAACGUAUACCCUGAAUG